CAGCGCUCAGCGCCGAUGGCGAUGGCGGGGCGUGGGGGGAGAAGCAUCCUCCCACUGCUGCCGUUCCGGGGCCGUGCCGGAGCCGGGGGGAGGAGGAAUCGCGGUGCCUCAGAGGAACCCCAGCGCGCCCCGGGACUGCGGUGGUGCCGCUCAGAGACUUCUACCUCAGGAAAUCCCCCACCUUCGGGGCGGCGUGUUGCGAGUGGGCACCCACCCUCACGGCUCGCUGGCCAAGGCGGCCCCCAAUCCGCCCCUCCCAGCCUGAGCUCCAGCGACGAGCUGUGUUACCGCCAGGAUUAAUUGAUUAAUUAAUUAAUCAGCGGUUGCAGAGGUCCCUGCAGGGCUGGAGUAGCGUAAUCAUAGAAGUGCAGGCAAUUACGAGCGGGCUUGUUCAGCACCCCCGGGCCGCGCCUGUAUCUUGGAUUACGCGGCUUGGCUCAGUCCCCUCGGGCGGCGGGAGCUGCGUGUGGGUGCGGGGGGUCCGUACGUGCAGUACCGCGGAGCACCCGUGAUGUGGCUCACACCGCCGGCAGGCCGGGACAGGGGAGGGCUCCCCUCCCAGCACUGACAUGUACAGGCGGGCGGCAGGGAGCAGGCGGCUCCGCUCGGCUGAGGCGCCCGCAGAACCCUGCUGCCGAAUUACCUGGUUUAAUCCUUUGCCCCAUGCACAUAGCUAAUUACCCACGGUUUUAAACAGUCUAAAAACCCGGAUCCUGCUCAUUUGCUUCCCAUGAGGUGACAGUAAAGAACUAGAUGUCAUUUGAGCAGGACAAUUAAACCGCUGAUGAAACCUUAGCCAGGCAAUAGAUAUAGGAUUACUUUCCGCAGAAUCAAGCAUCAUCGCGCUACAGUGCAAUGAAGCUGUUCCUUGCAACCAUUUCAGGAUGUUGUCGCAGCAAAAUACAUUUUUCAUUUGAUUUUUAACCGUACAGAUUGAUUUCUGGAGCUUCAAAAUACAAUGAGAUGUAUUUUGAAGCGCCUGCUCUUCAUUUGUGGAUUUUGGAGCAUGAGAAAGAAUGGCAGACAUGCCUGACUGCUGCAGAGAGGCCUUGGGGAUGAUUCCUCGAAACCACUAGGAUGCCUGGCUGUUUUAAAAAGACUAUAUUUGCCUUGGCUUCUCUAGUAAGUUUUGUGUCUUUUAUCCUGAUUGUUGUUGCAAUGGGGACCCCAAAAUGGAUGACUGGGAAGAUCCUUUGCAAAACAGGAGCUGAUUUGGUCAAUGCCACAGAUCCAGAGCUGGUCAAGUUCAUUGGAGAAAUUUACUACGGACUUUUCCGGGGUGGCAAAAUUCGGCAGUGUGGGUUGGGCGGGCGGCGCUCCCAGUUCACAAUUUUCCCACACAUGGUGAAAAAGCUGAAUACAGGCCUGCACGUGACCAUUAUAAUGUUCCUCUGUGUGGCCAUUUCCUUUUCUCUGGUCAGUUUUGGAUUCUGCAUUCUUAACGCAAUAAAAGUUCCUUACCGGGCUAUUAAAGGUCCAGCAGGAAUUUGUCUUUGGAACUUCAUUGCAGGUGGAUUUCUAGUACUCGCCGUCACCAGCUUUAUGGCUGCUGUGAAACUUCAUCACCUCACAGAAAGAAUCGCCAGUUUUAGGGAAAAUGUCUUUCAAUUUGUUGUCUUAGAGGAAAGGUUUGAAGACUCUUUUUGGCUUUGUGUGGCAAGCGCCACAGCACAUGCAGUGAAUUUGCUGCUAAUAGCCAUUAGUGGGAUUCGUUUCCCUAAAAUUAAGACUAAAACAGAAGAAGCAAAUGUUACAGCAGAAGAUAUCAUGUACUAAUAACUCUACACAAAACUACUUUGGUCAAGUGAACUGUCACAACACAAACAGCUUCUUGGCUCUUCAGCUUUUGAUUUGGAUGGAUGAUUUUGGUAUAAACAUGAGUAAAUAUGUCAUUCUACUGUACCAGCAAUUAACAUGUGUGGGAGGGUGGGAAAAACAAAUGCUACAAAUACCAUUAUUCUCCAAACUGACCGAUACCUGCAGUUAAUAUCUGCUGCUCACGGGUUUCAGAAGAUUUGCAUUUUGAGGUAUUUUAGAAAACUAAGGUGAAAUACAAUUUCAUUGAAACCCAGUGUCAUCUUUGUUUAGAAAGAAAAUAUGUGUAUCACAAAUCUUUGAUACUCUAAGUUUAUUUCAAAACAGGAAGACUGGACAUCUGCCAAUUAAUUUCAUAGAAUUACCUGCAAAACGUUGAGAGGGCCGUGUGAGAUAUGUUUGAUGGUGUUACACUGCAUCGAAAAAGAACACUUCAUUAUCUCUGAAGCUAAAGUUAAGGGGAAGCACAGGCUAAAUAUGUGUGAAAUGUUUCUCAAACUGAAAUUAUCAAACCCCACAAAAUAAAGAAGUGAGAAAGUAAUGUGCAUGGGAUGCUCGUCGACUAUGAAAAAAAUCUGUUAGCUGCAAGAUGAAGGUUUCAUUGCAGCUUCUGGAGUAAAGUGAACAGAAUCAAAGUAACUGCUUUUAGAUAACCUGGAAAACAAUAAUAAGACAGAUCAAUUGUCUUCAGAACCCUUUCAGUUCUUAUGUCUAUGUGAAACCAAGUAAAAGUGAUGUAUGGUGAAACAGUACUAAAAUAAAUUAAAAUGGUUAAA